GAGUCAUUGGCCAGGAGAAUAAGAGAAUUAUUCAGAGGCAGAUUCAGCCAAGAAGAAAUAAUCAGAUGCAUUCGACAUUUUGGAGAUGGGGAUAAUGUCGUGGCCUUUUUAAUGGAAGGUAUUUUAUACAUAAACACAGAAAUAUUAAAUAAUAUUUGAAUAGUUUGACCUAAUUUUCAUUUUAAUUUUCAUUCGUUGUAGACUGAAAUAUUUUAAAAAUUAAUUUACUUUAAAAAAAUAAAAUAAAAAAAUAAAUUUAUGAACGUCGACUAACGAUUGAAUUUCUGAAUGGAAUCAUAAAACAACAUGGAUUAACUAGUAAUUAGCUAGUGAAUUAAUCUCUAAUAUUGGGACCAUGAUUAGCUAGUGAAUUAAUAUCUAAUAUGGGACUAUGAUUAACUAGUAAGAUGAUCUCUAAUAUGGGACUGUGAUUAGCUAGUGAGAUAAUCUCUAAUAUGGGACCAUGAUUAGAUAGUGAAUUAAUAUCUAAUAUAGGAUUAUGAUUAGCUAGUGAGAUGACCUCUAAUAUGGGACCGUGAUUAGCUAGUGAUUUAAAAUCUAAUAUAGGAUUAUGAUUAGCUACUGAGGUGAUCUCUAAUAUGGCACUGUGAUUAGCUAGUGAAUUAAUCUCUAAUAUGUGACUGUGAUUGGCUAGUGAAUUAGUCUCUGAUGUUGGGACUGUGCUUGCCUAGCGAAUUAAUAUGUGAUAUCGACUGUGAUUAAUACGUAUAUUCAUUUGAUAAAAUCGAUCAAUUAUUAUAUGAAUAAUUAUACAAUCCUAAUGACACGUAAGAAUUUUAACCUCCAUUUUGUAGUCUCCCAUUUCACAAUUUUCACAUAAUAGAUUUUAAAUCUGCAAAUGUUUUUUUUUUUUUUUAAAAAUAGGAUUUUAAUUUAUCAAAUAUAUCACAACUUAAAUAUAACAAUAGACUAAUUGCCAUCAUUAGUAAAGAUGCAAACAAUUAUUUUAUUCAUCAAAUUCAAAACAAUUGAUUUGUUUCAACGGUCAUUUUUAGAGUUUUCAUUUUCUACAAAAAUUGUAAUGAAUUAAUUUCAGAACAACCUGACGUUGUGAACCAACUGUUAGGCAGGGUACGUAGGCAAAAAUACUCUGUAUGUCCUUUAGGCAGGGUACGUAGGCAAAAUACUUUGUAUGUCCUUUAGGCAGGGUACGUAGGCAAAAAUACGAAGACUUUUUUGUCAAUAUUGCAGGGGACGUAGGCAAAAAUACUUUGUAAGUCCUUUAAGCAGGGUACGUAGUCAAACAUAUUUUGUAUGUCCUUUAGGCAGGGUAAGUAGGCAAAUAUAUGUUGUAUGUCCUUUAGGAACUGCUUAAAAAAUGAACUUCAUUCGUUUCGUCAUUGAACAAACAUCUUUAUCGUACAGCCGAAAAUUCUAAGCUUUCAGCUUAAUUCGGUACACUCAAGUGCGACAGUAGAAAGAUUUUUUUUUAAAAUAUGUGGUAGGCGUCGGGGGGGGGGGGAGAGAUUGGGCAAGGGGGAUGGAGGAUAAACAAAUGCGUUAGAAAUAAAAUGGACUGGACUGUAUACCAAAGUAUAUUGGGCGUAUCUGAGCACAAAGCCUUAAACGGGAUUAGAGAAACAUUAUUUGAAAGAGGCCAUCACUGUUUACACAUCCAUCACAUUCAUGACACCAGAGUGAUCUGAACAUUUUGUCUAGCAAGUAUACAGGGUGGGCCAAUCAAAGUGAAAACAUUUCUUAAAAUAUUACGCUACAAAAUGUUCUCAUUUUUAUUGGCCCGUAAAAUUGAAUUAUGGAAACAAAUUAAGUUGAUUGUUAUAAAUGUUAGUCUAUAUUAAAUUGAGUAAAAUGUAUACCAUUCAGAAAGUUAUGUUUUCAUAAUUUGCAAUCGUAACGUUUGCAUUGCAUCCAUUUUUCAAGCUCAAACUAAGGCCCAGGUUACAUUGAAUCUAUUUUUCAUGCUCAAAAUUAGGCCCAGUUUACAUUGAAUCUACUUUUCAUGCUUAAACUUAGGCCCAGGUUACAUUGAAUCUAUUAUUCAUGCUCAAAAUUAGGCCCAGUUUACAUUGAAUCUACUUUUCAUGCUCAAACUUAGGCCCAGGUUACAUUGAAUCUAUUUUUCAUGCUCAAACUAGGGCCCUAGGGUACACUGAAUCUAUUUUUCAUGCUCAAACUAAGGCACAGGGUACACUGAAUCUAUUUUUCAUGCUCAAACUAGGACACAGGGUACAUUGAAUCAACGCGAGCAGCGUCCGAAAAUCUAAGCAAUAAGCUGAGCGUGGUUGAGAAGGGCUCUGAAAUGCAUCAGUUUGCCUGCGAGACUUGUCAAAGGAGUUGGUGGAAAAGUGUCCCUUGUGCGAACCCGGUAAGGGAUGUAUUCAUUUUGCCUCAGUUUAAAUAAGGUAUCGGCUUAAAUGUUCAUGUAUCUAUAUGUCUUGUAUGGCGCAAGAUUUGUUUGAAUUGUGAGGCGAUUGCAUUCUAGAAUUAUCUGAAACUUUUGACCCUUUACCAGCCCCAGAUUUACUAGAACAGUCUAGGGAUUCUUAACAUUGAUGUGCAAAGGAACACGAAAGCCACGGACACCUUGUUAGUGGUGAGACUAAAACCACGAACACCUUGUUAGUGGUGAGUCCAAAGCCACGAACACCUUGUUAGUGGUGAAACGAAAGCCACGAACACCUUGUUAGUGGUGAGACUAAAGCCACGAAACCUUGUUAGUGGUGAGUCCAAAGCCACGAACACCUUGUUAGUGGUGAGUCCAAAGCCACGAACACCUUGUUAGUGGUGAGUCCAAAGCCACGAACACCUUGUUAGUGGUGAGUCCAAAGCCACGAACACCUUGUUAGUGGUGAGUCCAAAGCCACGAACACCUUGUUAGUGGUGAGUCCAAAGCCACGAACACCUUGUUAGUGGUGAGUCCAAAGCCACGAACACCUUGUUUGUGGUGAAAAUAAAGCCACGAACACCUUGUUAGUGGUGAAACCAAAGCCACGAACACCUUGUUAGUGGUGAAACUAAAGCCACGAACACCUUGUUAGUGGUGAGUCCCAAGCCACGAACACCUUGUUAGUAGUGAAACUAAAGCCAUAAACACCUUGUUAGUAGUGAAACAAAAGCCACAUUCACCUUGGUUAGUAAUAAAACAAAAACCACAAACACCUUGUCGGUAAUGAAACUAAGACUAUGAACACCCUGGCAAUAGUGAAAAAUAAAGCCGAGAACAGUUUGUUCGUAGUGAAAUGAAGGCUAGGAACCCCUGGUUGGUAGUUACAAAAAAACUGCGAACACCUUGUUGAGUAAAAUUUUAAAAUGCAUAACAAAGAUUACAAGUGAAAUGGAGCUUGAAGCUUUUUCAUGGACUCCAAAAGAUCCGUACUUCACAGGUUAAGAACCCCUGCUAUAGUUAUUUAGUCCAGGCCUGCACAACUCAAACUAUAAGGCGGGUCGUAACACUUGAUGAAAUCUUGUGCGGGCCGAAAGUAAAUAGGACAGGUGGAAAGCUAUUUAGAAAAUAAUAAUAAAAAAGACUAUUUCGUUACUUUGGGGGCCCCAAAGUGGGUGCUGGAGGGCCGCAUGUUGCCCGCGGGCCGUAUGUUGUGCGAGCCUUCAAUAGUUAGUGAGGACGAUACACAUUAAUGAUUCAUUUAAAUUUCCUUUUAAAAUUCACAAGAUACUGUCGCACCAUAGUCAACAAUUUCAAGUGCUUUACUGGCGAUUGUCACGUACGAAACACAUUGUAUAUCAAUAGCUAAAGAUCUUUGACAUUAAUUUUAUUUUCCAUGUAGACUAACAGUCCCCUGUUGUAAACUUUGAUGAUGUAAUUUAUUUUGUUUCAGGUCUCCAAAUGUUAUAAGUGCAGAAUGAGGUUUGAACCAAUCCCCAGGGACAGAGAAUGGGGAAUAGGAAAGUUCCAGUGUGACAAUGUGCAAUGUAGACGUACCUUUCGCUGA